GGUGGCGUGUCACGUGUGACCACGACCAAAAAAGGAAGACAUUAUAGCAGCCUGCCAGAAUUGCAAUCAAGGGAAGACAUUAUAGCAGCAAAUUGCAAUCAAGGGAAAUUGAUUGCAAUUCUACUAGCAGCAAAUUGCAAUCAAGGGAAGACAUUAUAGCAGCCUGCCAGAAUCCACCCAGCGGCGAGAGUAACAACGCCUGCUUCGAAAAAGGAAACGAGUGACGGCGCCGCCAUCCGCUUAGCUGACGUUGUUAUCCGGCCAUCAGUGGUUAAGUCCACCAUCCCAGCCGGAUCAUCCUCAUCGGCGGAGGCGGCGAGCGGCGUCCGUGAUGGUGACGGAGACGGAGAAGGAGAUGGAGCGCAGGGCGUACGCGCGCGUGGGCCUCCUGGGCAACCCCAGCGACGUGUACGGCGGCCGGGCCGUCUCCUUCGCCGUCGCCGGCCUCUGGGCCACCGUCCGCCUCCGCCCCUCCGUCGACCUCCUCGUCCAGCCCCACCCGCGCCACGACCUCGUCGCCUUCCCCUCCCUACACGCCCUGGUGGAUCGUCUCGACGGCGGCGGCUACUACGGCGGCGUCCGGCUGCUGCUGGCCAUCUGCAGGAUCUUCCACAACCACUGCAAGGACAACGGCAUCGCCCUGGAGGACAAGAACUUCACCCUGUCGUACGACACCAACAUUCCCCGCCAGGCCGGGCUCUCCGGCUCCAGCGCCAUCGUCUGCGCCGCGCUGAGCUGCCUCGUCGAUUUCUACGGCGUCAGGGAUAGGAUCAGGGUCGAGGUCAGGCCCAACCUCAUCCUCAACGCCGAGAAGGAGCUCGGCAUCGUCGCCGGGCUUCAGGACCGCGUCGCGCAGGUCUACGGCGGCCUUGUUUACAUGGAUUUUAGCCAGGAGCAUAUGGAUAAAUUGGGCCAUGGCAUAUACACACCACUAGACAUCAACCUGCUCCCCCCUCUGUUCCUCAUCUACGCCGAGAACCCGAGCGACUCUGGCAAGGUACACAGCAGCGUCAGGCAAAGGUGGCUCGACGGCGACGAGUUCAUAAUAUCAUCCAUGAAAGAAGUCGCGCAGCUAGCGUAUGAUGGCCACAAUGUGUUACUGCAGAAGAAUUAUACCGAGCUCGCAAAGCUUAUGAACAGGAACUUUGAUCUGCGGAGGAAAAUGUUUGGGGACGAUGCGCUCGGCGAGUUGAACAUAAAGAUGGUCGAGGUAGCGAGGAGCGUCGGCGCCGCAUCGAAGUUCACGGGCAGCGGGGGCGCGGUGGUGGCCCUCUGCCCAGACGGUGACGCGCAGGCGGAGCUCCUGAAGUCGGCGUGCCAGGAGGCCGGCUUCGUGGUGGAGCAGAUUGAAGUCGCCCCGUCAGCGCUGACAAAGGAGGAGUUGGCAAGCUUAUCAAAUUAUCUCAACCCAGGACAUGAUCAGUAUGUGUACCGGCAUCCAAACGGGCUGUGUGUGGUUGGUUUAGCUCCAGCCCAUGUUGCACUGAAAGAGGAAGGGGGAAUAACUUCUAUUGACUUCAAUGUUGGCAAGACAGAUCGCAGUGAGAUAAAAGUCACAGGGAAACGCAAAAGGGUAACUGGAAUCAUUGAUGUCUGUUUCCUAUUACAGAAUGCACAACAUUUGCAAGAAAAUUCAGCAUUGUGCAAAGUCUGCACAAAUGAUAAAACUUUUGUUGUGAGGUGUUGCGUGAAAGGUCAGCUUUUGGAGAUUAAUGAUAGAUUGAUCAAACAACCCAAUCUGAUUAAUACCGCUGCUGACAGAGAAGGAUACAUAGGAAUCUUUAUGCAGAAACCAGGUGACUGGCUCAAAGUAAAGGAUAAAUUUCUUAGCUUUGAGGACUACAAGAACUUGAGAGGAAUCUGCUGACACCAAAAGAGGGAAUUCAUGCCGGCCAAUUGUGUAUUGAUUUUCAAUUCAGAACUGGAGCUCAGGUCUCUCGGCCAUUGGCCUGAUUCUCGCACAGAUGCCAUUCAUUUUCUAUAGAAUUUGAGAGCCAACUCCAGAUAACUGCAUCUUUACCAGCAUGACAUUGAAGCCGAGCCUGUUGGCUUUUCUGACAAUUUACUUGACUCAUUAUUCUGAUAGUUCCAAACUUAACAGUGAACAAGCUUUUGAAUUGUAAUCAUUUGAAGUUCAUAGAGAGCUUAUGUGCUUGAAUCCUUGACGAUGGUCUCCGCGCAGACAAUGCUUAAGAAAUGAAUGUUAAUUUGAUACAAAUAAUGAAUGAGGUUCGCUUAA